CUCGACUCGAUCGCUUCGGGUUCCGCGACGUCCCACAGUGUAGACUGCUCUUUUCGUUCGGUGUGUUCGCCUCGCCUGCUUAGCAGCGCAAUGGUUUGCUUUGAUCCAUUGUUUACCGUUUAUGUGUAAUAAUAAUUUAAAACCACAAUGAUUGGAGGUACUAGACGGAGCUAUGAAGCUAAUCCAGUGCAGUGUUAAUAUUCACAUCGAUGAUGUUUGCGUUUAGUUAACACAUGUUGGGUUGUUUCGCAAGUUUUACAACAACGGUGCGGACCUGUGUCGAACGCGCGUGAUCGACGGGAUCGUGGUGUAUGCGCGCCGGUGAGGGGUGCGAGGUGGCGGCGACGACAACGUUGUGUUUAGAUGCGAAAAGUAAGCAAAGGACUUCUGCCUAUGCGCCUGAUGUGUGUUGAUAGUGAGGCGUACACAGUGGGUAAACAUCGUUUUUAUUACGCAAUGCUGCAAGUGCUUACUACGAUGCGGGGUGCACACAGUUGGUGAACAAGUGCCUACUUGGAUUGUAGUGUCGUAUGCUUUGAUAAGAAGAGAACUAGUGCGUGGUCCAAGCAAGACGAAGGAAGGCCUUUGAUGUGUGUUCGACGCGUAGUGCGGAAGGUGAUGUAGAUCCAAUUACCGAAAAUACAGUGAGUAUUGUGUGGGUGAAAAGCAAACGAGUGCAACAGCGUAUAGUUGUACAGUACAAAUUCAUUGUGCAACAAGUGUUCUCUGCCUGGAAGCUGAAGUUGCGACUGUAAACGGAUACUUGACCGUGCCGAGUGUGCUGAAAAGGCAGAACAACGAUCUUCAAUUGAGCAAUAUCUACUACACGGAGGAGAACAAAUUAAACCUUUGUUGGCGAGAAGCGUAGCGUGUCGGCACAAGUAGUGCGACCGGAGAAGAAAUUUAAAGGUCAAUUCCGCUAAUAGAAUAAGUGACUUUGCGCUUAAUUAGUGUGAUCGCAAGCGCUGUGCGGGACCUAGCGGGACGGGUUGAGAUCAGCCAAAAGGUCUCUUUUCCAGUCCAAACGUGUGCAAUAACAGUGCGGAAGUUUCUAUGUAUGUGGUCGAGACGUGUAUUGAGGAAUGAUCAAGUGAUCAAGUUGAUUUGUCACCAACGGCGGCAGCAGCCGAGUGCACUUGGCAAUGACUGUUGCACCGUGGCAGUCGUUCUAGGUAUCCUCUAAUCGAUAUAUGAGACGAUCAUAUAUGAGGCGGAUGCGAUCGUUUGAAGAACCGUGUGAUGCGAAGAGUUAAAAGAUCGAAAACGAAGAACCCGAACAAAAUACCGGGAAUUACGAGUCAUUAUCCGACGAGAGAAACAAAAACGGGUUAGGAGGAAAGCCCAACAGGAGCCGCCGAGAAUCGAUCUUCUUCAGGAAGGAGAACCACCACCAGAAGGUGGUGAUGCUGUUUGGUUGGUUCACUUUUUUCUCAUGUGCAUCAGGGUUCUGUUCGGAUGCGCUGACCUGAGAUGAUCGCUGCGCUGCUUUCACACAUCCGCCGGAUGACGAAGACACCCCGAACUCCGAAGGAUGGUUCAAAAGUGCGUGCGCUGCAUUCAGUGGUGAACGAGAUCAAGUGAGUUGUGGGUGUGCAAGGUAAUAGGAAAUCUCAUUUCCUUACCAGCAGCCGCCGGCCCGCGCAAAGAAUCUAGCCUACUUUGUGAAUCGAUCAAGCCAGGGGUAAAAAAAGUGAAAGAAGGAAGCGAUUAGCUACCUUCCUUCGACGACCGCGGUGAAGAGAGUGCUUCGAGGGGGUAAAAAGUACAAACCUACUGCAUACUGCAUAGUCUAUGGUCUGAGUGCCGGUUCGCGGGGGCAGGUUCGUGGGAAGCCGUCUGCUUUGAUCGAUCGAGGUGAGGUAAUUACCUCCGAAAAUAUAUACGAAAAAAAAGGUGGAGCGGUGAUUGAACCGGUAGCGCCGCUACCGCGGUGAAGUUCACUGUAGUGUGUUCAUAGAGGAAAACAACGCCACGACGGUAUUGUUCAGCCAGUAUUAUAACGGUGGCCCAGAAGCAACUGCGGGAAGCUGUCUGUCUGUCGGUCACGUAGUGGAGUGGAGUGGAGUGCCAAACUGCCAAAACAACGGCUAAAUCAGCUCAUAUACAUACGUCGUAAGCUUCGAAGCCGAAGUAGUAAGAAAAGAAGUGCUCGUCCAGAUUGAAGAGAUGGGUAUUUUGGUUCUGGGGGCCUUGGCCCGGAGUAGCCAGGUGGUAAAGCUGACGCUGCUGGUGUUGCUGUUAGCCGGUACCGUUUCCGGGAAUCACCACAACACGUCGCAAUCAAGAGACUGUUCCCUGCUGCACCCGGCAUGCGUCCGCUGCAACGAGCGUGGCUGCGUCAAGUGUGUCGAGCUAAUCCAACUGGACACCCGAGACUGCGUCAGCGACUGCCCCGGCGGCUACGUCGCCAAAUGGUCCAGCACGUCCGAGUUCAUGGGCCGCGUGUGCCACCCUGUAGGGCUCUCGGGCUCGUUCCUGGCGGCCGUCGUUGGAAUUGCCGCCGGUGCCGUGCUGUGCAUCGUUCUGAUCAUUGCCGCCAUGGCCGUCAUCCGCCGUAAGCAGAAGCGGAAAAAGUACCGGGAAACCUUCAUCGAUGAGAACAUCGAUCGACUAGAGUUUCUCAAACAGCUGGAUGAACUGCGACCGCAGGCGGAGUACUUCCUCCAGAUGCUCAACGACACCAGGCGGCAGAUUCGCAAGCUCCACCUGGCGGGAGAUAGCUCCGGUGCUGCCACCUAUCAUCCAGUAGUGCGUGAUCUUGCCAAGAUCCUUAUCCUACUCAACAAACCGAUCGAGUUGAUCAGUUCUCCGCCGCACGACUGGCAACGGCUGUACGUAUGGGCCGAGAAGGUGCUCGAUCGGUACAAACCCGAGUUGACGCAGUUGAUCGAGUUUCUUCAGCAGCCCUCGAUUCCAUCGUCCGCUUCGGAUCCUCGGCUCGGUACUAGUGAGCAUUCCACCUUCAAGUCCAAAUUCAGCGGAAGCGCAACGGCCGUCAACGAGGUUGAUGCAUCACCUAGCUUAAGUGCCAAGAACCAGCGGAAUCUGCUACAACCGGAAUCGGCAUCCAAACAGCCGAAUCACUUCCUCGGUUCGCUCAUCAGUCUACACGAGUUCGAUGAACGAUCGUCGUGCUCGCAGAACGACGGUGGCAAUUCCAGCAACCCUUUUGGGGAUACGUUCGACCACGUGCGAUCGUACCUGUCCACGUCGGGCAUCAACGACAGUUCGCUUUGGCUGCAGGAUGAGUUCUUCAAGCUGGGUUUCCGGCCGCAGGAUGAGAUCACCACGGAGCUGUAGCUGUGAAGAUUGGACGAGAAACGACAUUCCAACCGCGUGUAAAUAGAAAAGUAUUAUAUUUAAAUUCUACGAUGUGAACUGAGCAAUCACCCGAAAAGAUCCAUACAAUCACCAAACUAGUCAAAGCUAUUGAAUUAUUAUUUGUAGUGAAGAGAGAGAUCGUUUAUAAAUUUAAUAUAUUUGUAAUAAAGUAUUUUGCAACGCCUCACGCGCUAGUUUAAGGAUUCUGAAUUCGAAGGAUCGUAAUAGAGUAUUUGAUAGAUUCGACCGGCAGGGUCUUCGGUAGAAGGAGAAUAUUUCAACGCCGAAUUGCAGUUUGAUUUUCCGAUUUUUGUUUCCCUCAAAUAUGAGAAAGGUAGUACAAUCAUGUGUCACUAGCACACCAUAUAUGGCGAAGGCGUUUACUAAAUUGAACAAAAUCUGCAUAGGAAUAAAAUAAACAGACUAUUGAAUAAA